AUGUGCCGCCUCCUCCUGCACCCUACGCCGCCCUCCCUAGCGGGGGAGCGCUUCCGCGCGCUGAGCAGGCCCCCGGAGUGGGCGGGGUGGGAAGGCCAUUGGUCGCUUCCCCUACCCGCAGACCGAGAGGCCAAGUCAAAGUCAGCGGGGGCCUGGGGUGGUGGUGAAGCCGAGCCCUCCAAGUCUGCGGGGUACGAGGGGUCGAGGGGUCGGCGGGGGUACGGGGCGCUGCCAGAGCCCCUGCCUCCGCGCUUUCCGGCCGGCUCCAGCGACUGCUGUGGGGCCUGGCGGAGUGGGCUGUGGCUGCCUCCUGGGGCCCCCAGGGGACUGCGCGGCGCUGCGUCCCCUGCCGCGCUCGUUACCGCUGACGCGGCCAGGAGGCGGCGCACCGUACCCGCCGUCGAGGCGGCCGUGAGAACCACCGGCACCAUGAAGGAUGAAGUGGCUCUUCUGGCCACUGUCACCCUCCUGGGAGUCCUGCUGCAAGGUGGGCUGGCUUCUGCUCCAGCGGUGGGUGGGCCUCGGACCCCUGCAGUCUGCCUUCUGCCCUCCAGGCACUGGGGAGGUGCUGGGGUCCAGGCCCAGGAUAAGAGAAGAUGCGCGGCCAGACUGGAGGCGGGGCCGGGAGUCUGGGUGCCAGAUCUGACUCCGGCAACACCUCCUCCCCCAGCCUACUUCUCGCUGCAGGUGAUCUCGGCGCGCAGGGCCUUCCGCGUGUCUCCGCCGAUCACCACCGGCCCGCCGGAUUUCGAGCGCAUCUACCGAGCCCAAGUGAACUGCAGCGAGUACUUCCCGGUGUUCCUCGCCACGCUCUGGGUCGCUGGAAUCUUCUUUCACGAAGGUGCGGCGGCUCUGUGUGGCCUGGCAUACCUGUUCGCGCGCCUCCGCUACUUUCAGGGCUACGCGAGAUCUGCGCAGCAAAGGCUGGCCCCGCUGUACGCGAGCGCGCACGCGCUCUGGCUUCUCGUGGUGCUGGCGGCGUUUGGCCUACUCGCCCACUUCCUCCCGGCCGCGCUGUGCGCCACGCUCAUCGGACAGUUCCAGAAACUGCUGCAGAAGGCCUGAGACGGAUGACGCCGGGUGGGCGGAGCUGGAGUUGAGACGGAGCCUCCUGGAGGACGGGGGAGGGUGCUCGCCCCCAUCCCAGUCUCUCAUUAAACCGUGAUCUCGAGUGCA